ACAUGGUGGGUAGAAGGCUCUUUCUUUUCCUUUUUCUAAUAUUUGCUUCUUCCUUCUUCCAAAAACCAUCAUUUGCUAUCAAGAAGAAAUCUUAUGUUGUGUAUUUUGGAGCACAUUCUCAUGGAUUCCAACCUUCUUCCAUCGACUACAAACGUGUCAAAAACUCCCACUAUGAGUUCUUGGAAUCGUUUGUCGGGAGCAAAGAGAAGGCGAAAAAUGCCAUCUUCUACUCCUACACGAAACAUGUGAAUGGUUUUGCCGCAAACUUAGAAACGAAGGAAUUUGAGGAGAUAUCGAAGCAUCCGGAUGUUAUAUCGGUUUUCUUGAAUAAGAUGGUGAAGCUACACACGACUCGGUCGUGGGAGUUCCUAGGGCUGGAGAAGAAUGGCAAGAUUCCUGAAACAUCGUUGUGGCAGAAAGCGAGGUUUGGCGAAGAUAUAAUCAUUGGGAAUAUUGAUUCGGGGGUUUGGCCGGAAUCGGAGAGCUUCAAUGAUGAUGGAAUGGGGCCCAUUCCAAAGAGGUGGAAGGGAUCAUGUGAUAGUAAGGGUGGAGUUCGUUGUAACAGGAAGCUGAUCGGAGCAAGAUACUUCAAGAAAGCCUAUGAGGCCAUAAUUGGACCGAUCAACGCCACACUCUCAACGGCACGUGACCAUAGUGGCCAUGGGACCCACACCCUCUCAACGGCUGGCGGUCGCUUCGUCCCUAGAGCAAAUCUCUUCGGUUAUGGCAAUGGUACAGCUAAAGGUGGAUUACCCAAUGCCCGUGUAGCCACAUACAAAGUCUGCUGGCCUGCCUGCAUGGACGCUGACAUCAUCGCAGCCGUUGAUGCAGCAAUCCAUGAUGGCGUCGAUGUGUUAUCCAUCUCCCUUGGUGGGCCACCCACUGAUUACUUUCAAAGUGGCAUCGACAUUGGAUCCUUCCAUGCUGUCAUGAACGGUAUCCCAGUCAUCUGCUCUGCUGGGAACUCAGGCCCAUAUAGUAGUACGGUUGAGAACGUAGCCCCUUGGAUCAUGACUGUGGGGGCCAGCACAAUGGAUAGGGAAUUCCCAUCAUAUGCCCACCUCGGCAAUAACAAGCACAUCAAGGGACAGAGCUUCUCCACAACAGCCCUUCCAUCCAACAAACCAUAUCCGUUGAUCAUAUCCAUUGAUGCCAAAUCUGCCAAUUCAACGGCUCGUGAUGCUGGGCUCUGUCUACCAGGAUCCCUUGAUCCUAAGAAAGUAACAGGAAAGAUCGUCGCCUGUACGGAUGGAUUAAUCAGUAGUGUGGAGAAAGGCGAUGUAGUCAAUCAGAUGAACGGCAUCGGGGUGAUCAUCUUGAAUGGGCCCACUAGCGAAGUCACUGCCCAACCUCAUGUCCUCCCAGCCAUAGAUAUUGCUUGGGACGCUAGAUUUGCUUUAUUAUCCUACAAUCGAGCCACUAAAUCACCAACGGCUUACAUUACACGGCCCACCACACAGCUCAGAACCAAGCCAACACCAACUAUGGCUGCAUUCUCAUCACAGGGGCCCAAUUCUAUCACACCGGAGAUUCUCAAGCCGGAUAUUACUGCACCAGGAGUCAAUGUCCUCGCGGCCUAUACCCAAUACAUUGCACCCAGCGAUCUCCCUUCUGAUCCACGACGAGCUCUCUUCAAUGCAAUAUCUGGGACAUCCAUGUCAUGCCCUCAUAUUGCCGGCAUCACAGGCCUUCUCAAGGCAAUCCACCCCAAAUGGACCCCAUCGGCUAUCAAAUCAGCAAUCAUGACUACUGCACGAACAAAAGACAACACAGGAGCUCCCAUGAGAAACUCUUCUUUAUUUAAGGAUACCCCUUUCAGCUAUGGUGCAGGACAUGUGCAUCCUAACCGUGCAGUGAACCCUGGCUUAGUUUAUGAUCUAACAGUUGAGGAUUACCUGAAUUUCCUAUGCACCAUUGGAUACAACAAGACUCAAUUUGCAUAUUUCACCAAAAAACCUUACUCAUGCAAUCAAAAGUCCUUAAAUCUCUUGAACUUCAAUUACCCUUCAUUAACUGUUCCUCAUCUCUCUGGUCUGACCACUGUAAGUAGGACUGUGAAGAAUGUGGGAAACCCAAGUACAUACACGGCCCGCAUCCAUGCACCGCCAGGAAUUUCUGUAUCAGUCAAGCCCAUGAGCUUGAAAUUUGAGAAGAUUGGUGAAGAGAAGACAUUUAAGGUCAGCCUACAGGCCAAGGAAGGAGGUGUGGUUGGUGAGUAUGCGUUUGGGAAGCUUAUAUGGUCAGAUGGGAAGCACUACGUGAGAAGUCCUAUAGUUGUGAAGGCAGCAAAAGCAUGAAAGGUGUUGAAUUUGCUUGGUGGUUUUGGACGGUAGCUUUUUUUAUUAUACAAGCUCAUGUCUAGCGUGAAUGACUAAGGUAGAAAUUACCCCAGCAAUCUAUAUUUAAGUAUGAUUUUUUUAAGGGCCUGUUUGGUUAGGGGUAAGUACCCCUAAAUGAUGGUGAAA